AUGCUCGUCGUUGCUGGCUCGACAGAGAAAAAUAGUGCGAACAAACUUGCUAGAUCAGGGACAAUUGUGGUGCUGCAACCGAUUCACUCACCAUCCGAAACCCUCUCCUUUCUUAUACCAAAGUGCCACUUCGCAACCAUCCCUUUCAAGCCGAUAUCCGUGGCGUCAACGCCAUCGCCUCCAUUGACUCCUCGUGCGCCCCGUCGAGAUCGUGUUGCCGCACCUGGUGGACGCGGCGCAGGUUUCGAUGCUGACGAGCUGCAGAGCUUCCUGGAAACGCUUGAAGAGCAUCUACCACUGGGACGCGACGAGUGGGAGCUGGUUCUUUCUAUCCACAACCGGAGUUUUAGCGCCAACAACAGCACGGGCGACUCACUACGAAGGAAGUUCGCUGCCUUAUGCCGCUCCCGCAUACGUACUGGUAAUUCUACAUGCCCAGCAGAGGUACGAACUGCGAAGCGAGUGCGUUUCUUGAUGUCUCAGUGGGCUGACAUCGGUGAAGGUGACGACGUGAGCAAAACAGACAUCGGUUUUGUCGCUGAAUUAAGCCGGAAUCAACCCCAGCAAGUGCCACCGAUAACCCCAGCUCCAACGGAGCGUCCUGUAGCCCAAUCAGCCUCAGGUCAGCCGGCGACGGCUGGUCUAGCUAAUGCUCCAGAGUUUAUCAGAGCAGCUGGCUCUGGUGUACCUCGACCGCUCGUCAAUCCCCACCGUGCUAGCACGGGCUCCGAUGACGAGGACAUCAUGGAGCUGAUGCGAAUGCAACUACUGCAGAGUCAAGUUGAUGAGCGCGCACAGCGUGAAGAGCGGCGCCUUCGUCAAGAAGAGGAAUGUCUGCGCUGGGAAGAAGAGCGGCGUCAACGUGAUCAAGAUCGUCUGGACGAGCGUUUACGACGCGAGGAAGCUGACAGUCGCCACGAGCAGCUGAUGCAGGUGAUGAUGACCGUCGAUGGUGCGGCUUUUAACCUCAUGAGUAAGCCCUUAACUAGUUAG